AUGAACUCCACAACUGCCACCCUAUCACCCACGGAAUUGCAGCACAUUCGCUCGCAAUUCCCAGCCCUCGUCUCCGCAGACUCCCAAAAUGACCCACUCUCCGGCUACGUAUUCGCCGAAAACGCAGGUGGAUCACAAGUCCUUUCCUCCGUCGCCGACUCUAUCUCAUCCUACCUCCUCACCUCCAACGUUCAAAUGGCAGCUUACCCACUCGCCAAGCAAGCCGAAUCUCGCGUCUCACUCGGUUCUUACGCUGCAGCUGCUCUCCUAGGCGCACCUACUCCGGAGGAUGUAAUGAUCGGUCAAUCCGCAACUUCUCUCGUCGCUAGUCUUGGAUUUAUGAUUGAAGCUCGGGUCCUAUCUGAUCGUGCAGAAGGGAAGGAGACGUGGCAGGAGGGAGAUGAGAUUGUUCUUAGUGAUGCUGAUCAUGAGACUAAUCGUGGUGCUUGGACUAGAAUGGCGGAUAGGUUGGGGUUGAAGAUUGAACAAUGGGCUGUAACUCCUACGCCUACUGCCGGGGAGAAUGCGUUUGCGGUCACGCUCGAUCCUAAAGUGCUAGCUGGGCUGGUGACGCCAAAGACGAAGUUGGUGGCCUUCACAGCAUGCUCCAACCUCCUCGGCGCAUUUACGGACAUCCCUGAGGCUGUUGCUGCAGUACGGGCGAUUGCACCAGAAGCCAUCGUUGCGGUUGACUGUGUAGCUUUCGCUCCUCAUCGUCGAGUCGAACCUGUCAAGUGGGGUGUAGAUGUAGCCUUUUUCAGCCUGUACAAGACUUACGGGGCUCAUGUGGGAGCUAUGUACGUCAAACCCCGCAUCAAACAAACCGCUCUCAAACGGCUCAACCACUUCUUCCUCCAGCCGCCAACAUCCGAGAUUCCGGGAAUGUACCCCUUCCAAACGAGCUCGGUUCAGUAUGAGCUGAAUCAUUCAAUCGCUCCGGUGGCUGAUUAUUUGGUUUCGCUUGGAUUGGGAAAGGAGGUGCGGGUGGAUUGGAAUGGUGUUUUCUCCCGGCCGACCAGCGUUUUCUCGCCUGCGAAUUUGGUAGAGAUGACGAGGGAGGAGGUGGAUAGUGCGAUGGAUAAAGCCUUUGGCAAGAUCGCUGGUCAUGAACAGACUUUGCUCUCCCAGUUCAUCCCCCCUCUUCUCCGCUACACAUCCAAAGGAAUUAAAAUUGUAGGUCCGGAAGAAAGCGACUCAACCACGCGCGCCCCGACAGUCGCUUUCGCAGUCAUCGACCCAAACACCGGCAAACCCAGGGUGGGAACAAGCAAGACAAUCCACACAAAGCUGGUGCAAGAUGGCAAAGUAGGCGCACAGCAGGGUCAUAUGUACGCCCACAAGUUGGUUCAGAGUUUGCGUCUGGACUUGGCGGAUGGUGUGGUCAGGUUGAGUUUUGUCCAUUACAAUACCGAAGAGGAGGUGCAAAGGGUGGUUGGGUUGUUGGAGAAAGUGUUCGAUGAUGUACUCUAG